UUUGUCUUCAUUCACUCCUGAAUGUCAGAUUGACCUGAUGUUGGUUAAAGUAGCAUCUCAUCUGAAUUAUUUCCUAGAAAAAAGCAGAUUUUUCUUCAUUGUGGAGUUUGCUCACUCUAUAGUCUGCACAUCUCUGUAUUUACAUCACCGCUGCUCUUACGAGCCGCCGUGAAGUGUGCCAUUAACCCCUGACCCCAUUCACACUAACCACUGAUGGAGCUGUGACUGCACCUCCCUACCUGAUCCCGCGGCACACUCACAGCUGGAUUACCAACCAGGCAAAGGAAAAGUCCAAAAAAAAUUUAGAAAAUUAAGUGAAAAUCAACACGUUUUUGUGGGUUAUCAAUCAACAAAAAAUAUGCAACUAGGUUUUUAGACUUUGUGCAAAACCUUUUAGGAGUUUUUUCUUCUGCAUUUAAGUAUCAGAGAAUAAUGAACUUUUCCAGGUUUGUUCCAGACCAGCAGUCAGCAGGUGGUUGGGGUCAAAGGUCGGGGGCCCAGUGACCAUGAGGCAGGCGGUGGAGGCUCAGGUGUUAAACCCCCACUGUGAACUAGGAGAACACGGCCUGCGUCAGAUCCUCACAGAUGUGAUUGAGGAGGUGAGACAGUCGGUAAAUCCGGACAUCGACGGAGCGGAGAUCCUCCACAGUCUGCUGAACGCCUCCUGGCUGCAGUCGCUGCUCAAGGUCCAUGAGUGUCUUCAAAGGUACCUGAGAGACUCCCCAGCUCCAGCUCUGGACUACGCCUCAGGACUUUCUCUGCAGCUGCUGAUCGACAUCAGAGCGUUGCCGGGCUGCUCUGAAGAGGCCAAAGAGCUCUACCGCCUCCUGAGACAGCCACACCUGCAGGCUCUUCUCUCGGCUCAUGACACGGUGGCCCAGAAGGACUAUGAGCCGGUUCUGCCACCCAUGCCGGAGGACCUGCCCGACGAUGAAGAGGCCACCAGGAUCGUCUGCCUGGUCAAGAACAAACAGCCUCUGGGAGCGACGAUAAAGAGGAACGAGAUCACAGGGGAGAUCUUCGUCGCUCGGGUGAUUCACGGAGGGCUGGCUGAUCAAAGUGGUCUGCUCCAUGCAGGGGACAGGAUCAUCGAGGUGAAUGGUUUUCCUGUGGACGGGAUGGAACCUGAGCAAGUUAUCCAAGUUGUGCAAGCGAGGUCGCAGGGCACCAUCAUGUUUAAGGUCGUUCCCAUCACAGAGAGGCCGGUCCACAACCAGACGAUGCUGUACGUCAGGGCCAUGGCGGACUACAGCCCCCAGCAGGACCCGAGCAUCCCCUGCGCCGACGCCGGCAUGAGCUUCAGAAAAGGCGAUGUCCUUGAGAUUGUGGACCAGACAGACGCCCUCUGGUGGCAGGCCAAGAAACUGCCCAGCAACACGGCCUGCGCCGGCCUCAUCCCGUCCACCAACCUGCUGAAACGGAAGCAGAGGGAGUUCUGGUGGUCUCAGCCUUAUCAUCCACAUACCUGCAUUCAGACCUUGAGCACUGUAGAGGAAGAGGAAGACAUGAUGGCCAUCGAUGAGAAAUGUGUUGAAGCAGACGAGGAGGCAUUUGAAUCUGAGGAGCUCAGAGAAGACGACGAUGACUUCAGCAGCAACAUUGAAGGGAUCUAUUUAGCGGGCUUCAGGCGCAGCAUGCGUCUGUGCCGGCGGCGGUCCCACAGCACCACCCAGCCGGCCUGCCACACCCGCUGCCCCAGCAGCUGCUACAGUGCCCUCAACAGCCCCUACGAGGAGGUGGUGCGCUACCAGCGCCACCCGCAGGACGCACACCGCCUCAUCGCCCUGCUGGGCCCGUCUGGUGUUGGUGUGAACGAACUUCGGAGGCGCUUGUUUGAGAUGAACCCCAACAUCUUCCAGGGAGCCAUACCUCACACCACAAGAGCACCCAAAGCUUACGAGGAGUCUGGCAGAGAAUAUUACUUCACCAGCCGAGAAAUCUUCGACAACAUGGUGUAUAACAACAAGUUUCUGGAGUACGGCGAGUACAAAGGGAAUCUGUACGGCACCAGCAUCGAGUCUGCGAAGGAGGUUUUAAACAGCAGGAAGAUCUGCGUCAUCGACGUCGAGCCAAACGCCCUCCAGGCUGUGAGGACCCACGAGCUGAGGGCCUACGUCAUCUACGUGAAGCCUCCACCUCUGGAGCGCCUCAGGGAGACCAGACAGGACUCGUACAUCACCACCAACUACUACGUCAACAGGCCGUUCAAAGAUGAAGACUUCCAGGAGAUGGAGGAAGCUGCCCGGAAGAUCGAGUCCCACUUCUGGCACCUGUUUGACCACGUGAUCGUCAACGACGAGCUGCAGGACUCCUGCGUCCAGCUGCUGACGGCGGUGAGGAAGGCGCAGGACGAGCCGCAGUGGGUGCCGGCCAGCUGGAUACGACCCACCGCCGAGUCGUAAGGGUGGAGGAGGAGGAGAAGGAGACAAGGGGACAAGAGAGAUGUGACCCCUAUUAUCAUGGCAGCAAUCAAUUUCUCUAAUUUUACAGAUUCAUCGCUGUAAAGCAAAGAUCUUAACAUGUAAAUGCAUUUUAUGUCAAACACUGCAUGUCGUAGGGGAGUCGGGCAUAAAAGAAAUCUCUGUGUUUUGAUUUUGAUGUCACUUGUUGCUUGAUCGGCUUCAUAAGACGCUUCAAAUCCCCAGAUCAGAUGGAGCUGCACUCAAGCCCAAAGAAAUCCCUGAAACUGUGUCAGAGUUUAAUUUCAGAGCGUAUGAGUUUAAAUUUAGACUGGAGGUUUUCUUUGUGCUCAACCUAAGUGCUCCUUCUCCUGAACAAAUAAACGAAAUGUCAGAACAGUCUGAUUUUAUCAAGUAAGCAGAGCAUCAGAGCCGCAUCUCUGAGUCUUAGUUUAUUAUGAUGAAAGUUAUUAUAGGCACAGAUUAGAAAAACAGUUUGCUGCUCUGCAUGCAGCUUUAAUUUAGUGAAAUAUUCACAAAAACAAAACAAUUGAUUUCUUGCCCUGCUCCCGACUCCUGUACACAAAACUGCAAUAAAGAAUUGGAUCUUUUUCCAAUUGAUGUUUACAUACUAGAAAGCAAAGUGGUUUCUUGUUUAAUGUUGUCACAUGUUUUGUUUUUCAUUCUGAAUUUUGUGUCACUUCUUUGUGGUUUGCUGUAGCCUAAAAUGUGUCAUUGCAUGCCAAAACAAAAAUUCUACAAAAUUUAUUAAACGUUAACAAACAGCUGCGUUUUGGCACAAAAAUUACACUCUGUGUCCUUAUUUGGUGAAAAUAACGUGAUAAUAUGACAUUGUGGAAGCAAAGUAAUGACAUUUUAAUAUUUGUACUUGUUUGUGACAUUAAUAAACCGCUUCAG